AUGAAGAAGCAGCGUAAGACGGAGGCAGCACCGACCUGUGAGCUAAAAUCCUAUUCCAAGAAAACCAUGGUGUUGGGGCCUGAACAGAAGAUGCCAGAUGGUGCUGCUUCUGAAGACUAUGGGGACUCUGCCAGCCUCGGCGCCAUCAACCCUGCCUACAGCAGCUCCUCUCUCCCGCAGUCCCCCGGGGGCUCCGAGGAGCCCUUCACCACCUACUUUGACGAGAAGAUUCCCAUUCCUGAGGAGGAGCACUCCUGUUUUAGCUUCCGUAAACUAUGGGCUUUCACGGGACCCGGCUUUCUUAUGAGCAUUGCCUACCUCGAUCCAGGAAACAUCGAAUCAGAUUUGCAGUCUGGAGCAGUGGCUGGGUUUAAGUUGCUCUGGGUUCUUCUGUUGGCCACCAUCGUGGGACUCCUGCUGCAGCGCCUGGCGGCUAGACUGGGAGUGGUCACGGGGCUGCAUCUUGCUGAAGUCUGCUACCGUCAGUAUCCCAAGGUCCCACGAAUUGUCCUGUGGCUGAUGGUGGAGUUGGCUAUCAUUGGCUCAGAUAUGCAAGAAGUUAUUGGCUCAGCCAUUGCCAUCAAUCUCCUGUCUGUAGGAAGGGUUCCCCUAUGGGGUGGAGUUCUCAUCACCAUCGCAGAUACUUUUGUAUUUCUCUUUCUGGACAAAUAUGGCUUGCGGAAGCUGGAAGCAUUUUUUGGCUUUCUCAUCACUGUUAUGGCCCUCACUUUUGGAUAUGAGUAUAUUACAGUGAGACCCAGCCAGAGCGAGGUACUCAAGGGCAUGUUCCUGCCAUCCUGUUCAGGCUGCGGCACCCCACAGAUCCAGCAGGCUGUGGGCAUCGUGGGAGCCGUCAUCAUGCCACACAACAUGUACCUGCACUCUGCCUUAGUCAAGUCCAGACAGGUGAACCGAGCCAAAAAGCAGGAAGUUCGAGAAGCCAAUAAGUACUUUUUCAUUGAAUCCUGCAUUGCUCUCUUUGUUUCCUUCAUCAUCAAUGUUUUCGUCGUCUCAGUCUUUGCCGAGGCAUUUUUUGAGAAAACCAACCAGCAGGUGAUUGAAGUCUGUAAAAACAGCAGCAGCCCCCAUACUGGCCUUAUUCCUGAUGAUAACUCGACACUGACUGUGGACAUCUUCAAAGGGGGCAUUGUGCUGGGAUGUUACUUCGGGCCUGCGGCCCUCUACAUCUGGGCCGUGGGGAUCCUGGCCGCAGGGCAGAGCUCCACCAUGACAGGAACCUAUUCUGGCCAGUUUGUCAUGGAGGGAUUCCUGAACCUGAGAUGGUCACGCUUUGCCCGAGUGAUUCUGACCCGCUCUAUUGCCAUUAUCCCGACUCUGCUGGUUGCUGUCUUCCAAGACGUAGAACAUCUAACCGGGAUGAAUGACUUCCUCAAUGUUCUGCAGAGCUUACAGCUUCCCUUUGCUCUCAUACCCAUCCUCACGUUUACGAGCUUGCGGCCAGUAAUGAAUGACUUUGCCAAUGGAAUAGGCUGGAAGAUUGCAGGCGGGAUCUUGGUUUUUGUCAUCUGCGCCAUCAACAUGUACUUUGUCGUGAUUUAUGUCCAGAGUCUUGGGCAUAUGGUUCUGUAUGUGGUGGCUGCUGUGGUCAGUUUGGUUUAUCUGAGCUUCGUAUUUUACUUGAUUUGGCAAUGUCUGAUUGCUUUGGGCAUGUCCUUCCUGGAGUGUGGGAGCACGUACCACGUGGGAUUGACAGGCCAGCCCGAACUCUACCUUCUCAACGCCGUGGACGCCGACUCCCUUGCGUCCAGAUGA